GGGGGCUCUAGAUAUCUUUGCUCCGUCCCUGUCAGUUGCUCUCUAGUUUUGAUGCGCAUGCGCUCAACCCAAAACACGCCUCUUGCCUUUGGAGAAGGCCAUGUGGUCAGACUGUGGUUGGUAAAUACAUGCUAAAUGGUGACUUCCGCCUAGGACGGGCUUUUCGGGGAUAAACUCUUGACUUCUGUGAAGCCACUGGGGCCAAAAUGUCUGCGGACGUCGUGAACAUCCAGGCGCAGGUGGAGACGGUGCUGGGGGCUCUGGUCAAGGCGGCGUCGGUGGAGUUGAUCAAAUUGUUUGAGAGCAGAUAUCGAGCCGAGCCUGUGGCCGCGGGCCGCGCAGAGGAAGAGCAGCGACACGGAAGCUUGGAGUCGCUCUGCGCCGUGUGGAACGGGGACAGCAAGCGAAGCAUCGGCGUGCAAGUGGAGGAGGAUAUCAAGACAACGGUGGAGCUCGACUCUUCCCUUCUGCUUGGUGCGAGUUGCUUGUGGGAGACCAACAAUGUGGAAGUGCAGGGCGGUCUGGUUCCGUCCGAAGUCCUUCUGGCUGAAGACACUGACCCUCAUUGGGCACCUCAGGAGGAUCAGAUUAAAGCAGAUUCUGUGGAUACGUUGGAGCUGAGCGGCCUUGAGCUUGACUCUCUCACCGAUGAUGAUGCUCAUCUAAGGGAUGUUUUGCCUGUCUCUGCAGACGAAGGUUCUGGAACAUCGCAAUGUGGAUCUACCCAAAUAUCACCGGCUAAGCAGAAGCCUCUUCUGAUUCAACCAGAUACGAGACACGCCGCUUCUGGGGAGUCAGUGAAGUUUGUUUGUCCCUUAAUCCUUGCGCCAGACUCUUCGGCUCCUAAAGCUGAGAGUUCAGAGGAGCCCGUUCAAGCUGAGCCCCAGCAAGCCUGUGUCAGCACGGCCAAGGGGACCGCCUACAGCCCGUCGCCGUCCGACGGGGCCGUGACCCCGGCACAGGUCGGAGUGUGGGAGCGGAUCCACUCGCCGAAAGACUCCAAGAACCAUCUGCAGAUGAAGUUGAAGCUCACCUCUCCAGAUCAAAAGUUGCUUCUCCCCUGCGCGGUACAGCUGGUCAACAUGCUCACAAUACCAGAGGUGAAGACUGAGGGUGACGAUGCCGCGAAAACUCUCAGCGCCAACAACAAAUCUGGCAGGACUAUCCCCAAAGACCUGCGUCGGCACCAAGGUCCCCACACGGGCCAUCGCCUCUGCUGCUUCACGAGGUGCGACAACGACGUCUGGCGCCUCCAGAACAUCGUCACGCACUCCCGUGACGGAUACGUCUGCAGCAACUGCGGGAAGGCUUUCAAGCGCCGGAAGAUCCUCCGGCGGCACGAGCGUUUCCACACUGGGGAGAAGCCGUACGCGUGCUCAAAGUGCUCCAAGACGUUCGCGCUGAGGAAGAGCCUCCGUCGCCACCUGAGGUUCCACACGGGCGAGAGGCCGCACGCCUGCCCGCAGUGCGGCAAAAGCUUCCGGCUGCGGGACAACCUGAAGGCGCACCUGCGGUUUCACAGCGGAGAGAAGCCUUUCAGCUGCACCACCUGCGGGAAGACGUUCCGGAUCAUGAGGAAUAUGGAGAAACACAAACUGAGCCAGUGCGACUUCUUCGUGCCCUCGUUCAGGAAGAUCGCCGGCUUGUCGCUGUGAAGGCGACUGCGGUUACGCACCACUGUCUACCUCAGACUGCUAACACUGGACUGCUCAUGGAGACGGCCGUCCUCUAAAGCAGAAGAAAGGACACUUUACGCCAUUGGUCUCAAACUGCAUCCCUCGAGGGCUGGAGUCCUGCAACUGUUAGAUGCCUACACACUUGACUUCAAUGGUGAAAUGGCGUCACUAACAUUCAGUCCAGCUGAGCUCCGCUUAUGAGCUAACUUUGGAGCCAGGUGUGCUGAAUGCAAAGAGACACCUAAAAGUUGCAGGACACGGCCCUUGAACACUGGAGUGUGAGACCUCUGCUUUAAGCUGUAACUAAUCCAUAUCAGCUCCUGAUAUUUUGUUUCUACUGUAGCGACACCAUUACUGGUGUCCAGGGGUCAUUUUUGUCUGAACACAGCUGAAUGUGGUUUUCUACUUUUUACUCGUUUUUCCUCUUGGAUUUGUCCGGUCAUUGAGUUUCAGCUCUGGAGCGAGGAAGAGUUCAGAUCAGCUCUUAACGCCCAGCGAAUACGAUUGGAUCAGUGAAUGUUCCGUCCUUUGUUUAAAAUCCACGGAUGUGACGUGAACAUACUUUGGCUUUUUGAAACCGACUUAUUCCAAAAAGCUUUGUGUAACCUUUGACCCUUUCACGGAGUGUCUCAAACAUCUUGAGAGUGUGUCUGUGUGUUUUCUGAGAGGACUCUGAGCUGGACAGUGCGGUCGUGAUUGAGUCGAAGUGGUUGACUCUGGUAAUGAUUAGCUCUCUUGGCAGUUUGUUGCGACGGGAUUGGUCAGCCUCCCAAACGGUUUUAAGAGAAAAUGCACCGGGACGACCGUCACGAGACCUUUGAGUUGCAUCCUUUGUCGCCCAUUGCCAACACAGAGCAGCUCACAGGGUUUUGUGAAGAAUCUGUGGAGUGUUUCUACCCUUUAAGACAUAAGAUAUCUGACUCUAAUUUCACUAAUUUCUCUCUGUCCCCACUAAGUUCCACUCCAGGCCUUCUUUGGUUUCACAAUGCCACUUUUAUUGGUGCUUUCUCAGUCAUACCAGGCAGCUAAAGAGGUUCUGUUUGUGGGAAAGGUUCUGACUUGUUAUGAAUCUGAUGGCUUGUCUUUGUGUUUUCUGAAUGUAGAUUUCUUAAAGUUUGCUGACAUUCUCAUUUUUUGCCAAAUGGCCAUUCCUUUCUUAUAACUUACAACAUUUGCUUUCAGUUUUGUGUCGCAACACUUCAAGGCCUACUUUCAUUUGAUUUCCUUCAAAGAAAAAAUCUUUGCAUUUGUUUGUUGGUCCAAAUUUUACAUCCAACUGAAAACGGUCACUGUCUUUGGUCACAUGAUUAAAGACCUUCUUUGAUGAAGUUUCAGAUUAUUAUUAUUAUUUUUUUUUAACUUUUUUAAGCUUAUGGUUCCUCACAAUCGGAUAGGUGCAGCAGGUUGCUAUGCACUGUGCAGACUCACUUGCAGUUUUUAGACGGGUUGUUUUAGUUCCUGCUUUUGCUUUCUACAAACUGAACUGAUCCAUUUCGAGUUUUUUUUUUUUUUUUUUGCCAUAUGUGUGGUUUUUGUUCUCUACAACAAACUAAUUACCAUCCUAUGAAAGGGAAUAUCAUUGCUUUCCUUACUUUAUUUCUUUUUAUUAGCAUUAACUUCCUCAGCUCUAGUGUUAUUCCAGCUGCUGAUCACUUCGCCCUUGUAUAGUUUGUGUUUUUCUUUUUUGUUUUUUUGUGUGUCCUCGACCUUUUUCGGGUAUGAAAUGGAGCCAUCUGCCACAUGACUGUUUAUAUGGACCAUGGUGGUAACUGUGAUCAUUUUUGUUGACUUUUUCUUUUUUUUUUUUUUGCUUGUUUGUUUUUUAUUAACCGGUCAUAGUCUUUCAGAUUUUAUGAGUCAAGUGGCGGAAACAGAUCAGAACCAAAGUAAAUAGAAAUAAUGUCAAAUGCAAAGCUUUAAGAAAAUAGCAUAGUUCUAUUGUGUGUGACAGUUUAUUGUUUGUAUGAACACGUAUCUCAAUGAUCACAAAGAAAAACCUAUUGCUAGAUAAAGUCUUAAGUCCAUAGUUUAUUUAUGGGAAAGGGAGAAAACGGUGACAUGUGGAUAUGAAAGUGAAGUUAGUCUGUGAACAAAGUUAGUAAAUGUAAAGAUUUUUUAAAAACGCCUUAUUUCCCACUUUAGAUGUUUUGCGUAAACCAGGAAAUACUGAGGCAGGAAGUGGAAGCGCCUGUGGAAAUCAGUGUUGUCUGUUGUUGCACGAGGAACUCUGCCUGGAGAACACCAGCAAGGGUUUCUGGGUAACGGGACCAAGCAGUUUCUGAGAUGCUAAACUUUAUGUGUGUACUUGUGUAUUUUUUAUUUACUUUUUACUGAUUUUUUUUAACCUUACAUUUAUGUUUUUUUUUUUUUCUUAAAGAUUACUGAAUGUAUAUAGACGUAACCCCAAAAAACUUUUUGCCAGGCUGGUUAGUUUCUAAAGCCAGAGAUGAAGGACUGAACCAUCACCACUGCUUCAUUACGGUCAUUCAGACGUUGGUUGUCUUUUAAAGUUGCUCAAGGAUUCAGUCAAACCUGCAGGUUUAAGAAGUUAAAAUAUGGGAUUUGCAAUAUGAACUACUCCGGUGAAUGCUCAGGAAUUUUCUUCAGCUGACGCAUCAUUUAUCUCUCUGUGUACGGAGAACAAGAUGUUCUUCAAAACAUUUCAUUUAUGGAUUUAGUCAGGUCAGAAAAAAUUAGCAAUCUAGAGAACAUUCUAGGUUGUGUUGCCGUGAGAUUAUAACUUCAUGUCUGAAUGGCCUUGAUGAGUUGUCAAGCUUUCUUUAUAAUAGGUUUUUAUUGUUAAACACAUUUAAAUCUAAAUGAACGAUGAAUCUAAUCUUAUAUGUGCUUUGCAAAGACUUUUUCAAAAGUUUUUACGGUUCUCAAGAUGUAUACUUUAUAUUGACAAAAGUAUGUUUUUCAUCUGCUUUUUAACUGCUGUUGGUAAAUAAAUUGUUUUUGUAAAACAGAA